AUGCUGCACCAUCAAGAACUAGUCAUCACCUUGUUUUGGGGGGAGUCGGGCUUUGACAAGUGCCGCAGUGAUACCCUCGGAGGACUCCGUUCAGCAUAUCUGGUCUGGUUGUCCCAGUAGGUCCUCUUUUCAUCAGAGGCAACGUUUCGAUCCAGAAAACGGAACGCAAACGCGAGAAAUGUAAAGAUUCCAAUCUUUGCUUUGACCCAAUAACAUGGGAAAAAGUUGCCGAGCAUUUUUUGAAUUCCAUCGACAUCAAAUGGUUAGCCGCCCAUUAUUUCAGCAGCCAGACAAUGUCAGAGACGCGUUGAAUAUUGAUUCUAGGAUGUUCGUCAACCGACGACCUCAGGGUAAAUUGAUAAAGUUCGGAUUCCGUACUUUAUCUUUGGGUCCCUUGCCGUCAAAUCGUAAUUUUUAAAUCCAUCAUUUCACCGUGUUCAGACUCAGAACACACUAGUCGAACAUAGCGUUGAUACUUUGCGUAGCUUCUGAAACUUUCGCAUCCUGUUUUUGCCCGUAAAAGAUGACAGCGCGAACCGACUUUUUUUUGAUAAUUUUUGAUUAGGGCUAAAUUACUGUAAUUUGGUCCCAAUAUGACAAACGAUACAUCAAACGAAAGCCUGAAAUCUCAGCUACAAAAUGAUAUAAUAUUUCGAAAUUCCAUCAUCGCUUGCCUUUUUUAGAGGCUUUAAACUUUGCCCCUCUCACAGAGGGUCAUUAUUUGUUGGACAACCUAAUAGAUAAAAGUUACGGAUCUUCGUUUUUUGCCGGAAAUUUUGGUCUUUUAUAUGUUACAGUAACUCAGGGUAAAGAAAAGUAACGUUAGUAAUAGAUGAAAUUACAAAAGUGGACAUAUUGCAAGCCUUCGCCGAGCGUCCAGCAUCCAACGGAUUUGCCAGGCCUCGUAGACAAUUCCUACAACGAAUCGGCCAGAUAAAAAACAUUUUUUGUCGGUGACUAUUCAACCCUCCAAAAAACAAGUUUUUUAGAAGGUAACACAUGAGUUCCAAAAAAGUUCGAAAUUUUCAAAUUAAACAUCAAAAAAAUUAAAGUUUUUUCUACCAAAAAAUCUCGACAUUUUCCCCAAAUUUCAGCCUAAAAAUCUUGCAGAUGUCUUAGAAAAUAAUCAUCUAAGGCUAUCCCACGUUUUAUGACAUAAAUUUGAAGCAGUGUGCAUGCUUUCCAUAUCAGUUCUUAAUUCUUUUCACCGUACUCUUUCGAAACCGAGGAGAGUUCACACUUCACAAAAUUUCGUAAUGCCUCUAAAAGUCAUUUAUAGUUGCUCCGAUUAUAUUUAUCGUAAUUUGCGUACCUUUGGAAUAUCUUUUAUUUUUCCAGAAGCCAUUGAUAAACAACAAAAACAAAAUAACAGAACGAGCAAAAAAGGGGGGAAAUCGACAUUACUUUUCGGCCGAUGUGUGUUUUUGUUCAAUUUAAAGAUAUCUUAUAUUUUAUUGAUUAAAAUUCGGCUGGAGGUUUUACGAUACAAAUCGUUAAAGGACCUCACCAACUACAUUUGAAUCGCAUUUUUACGGCUUGGAGGUGCGCUUCGCCAAAAGUUGCGAAGAUCCCGCGAAAAAAACAAAUACAAAAAAUAGUUGAGAAUUUUUCUCGAAAAAUGCAAAAUUGAAGAAAGUUCAUGUUUCGAAGGUGCAGAAACAGCUUGUUGAUCAUGUGGAUCCUGCCAACGCCCAUUCCGAUGCUCUUGGGGAAAGGCUGAUGUAAGUUUUUUUGGUUUUCGCUUGGUUGUCCACAUUUAGGUAGGAUUGAACGAACUUGUGCAAUAUUUCGUCUGUUCGUUCGAAAAAAGCACGAGCGCAAUGUUGAGGAGCAGCUAUUAGACUCAAAGUUUGUGUGACGUCCAUUUUCUUGCCUUGUUUGAGCUGCUUUUAUCCAUUUAGAGGUAUUUUAUAUUGCUUUAGUUGGUUUUUUAAUUUCAGAGUUGUUCAAACGUCUGCAACGACCCAUGAAAUGAAGGAACCGGCUUGA